GGGGUUAGGCCGCUAUAUGUAUUGUUACCGUCAUACUGUUUCUCACUUUGUGCUGGUAUAGAAAUUGUAACUUUCAAAUAUUUUGCGUCAUCAACACGCUAAGCUCAAUAUGGCCAACGCCGUACAUGGUGUUAUGGAGUUUUUCUCAACUGCUGCUCAGCCGACUGUUUUGAUAUUCGUAGCAGUGUUGUUGUUAAGUCUGUGGAUGCUGUCGUUGAGGAAUCCUCGGGUGAAAUGGCCGCCCGGACCUGUCUGUUUCCCCGUAGUGGGAUGUCUCCCACAGAUGAUGAUCAGCGGUAGGAGAAGACAACCGACAGAUCUUCUUCCAUGGUAUGAUACAUACGGAGAUAUCAUGCACGUUAAAUUUGGUGAACAGCACAUGAUAAUGCUGGGGACUUAUGAGCUGAUCCAAGAAGCUUUCGUGAAGAACGCAGAUACUGUCAGCGCCAGACCUACUUGGAUCUAUUUCUUAAGACAAAUAGUUGGAAAAGACGGAGCUGGAGUUUUAUUUAAAUCCGGGAAGGCAUGGAAGGAACUGAGGAGAUUCACGCUCUCGUCUCUUCGAGAUCUCGGCCUCGGAAGAAAAAGUUUACAAGAAAGAAUUCAGGAUGAGGCAAGAUAUUUGGUGCAAAACAUUGAAAAUGAAAAUGGAAAGGCUUUCUCUCCCAGAGAAAGGAUUGGAAAAGCUGUCAGCAACAUUAUUUCUAUCGUUGUAUUUGGAACAAGAUAUGACUAUAAUGACACCCCAGAAAUGCUGCCAGUUCUAGAGGAGGUACUGCGACUUGGCGAAGGGCCAGUCUUACUUACCAACUUGGCACGGUUCAUCAUGCCGAUGAAGAAGAUGAUCGCCCUUGUGGACAAGCUAUAUAGUUUGAUACGACAAGAAGUCGAAAAACACCGCCAGUCCUUUGAUCCAACUGACAUCCGGGACUUCAUUGACCUCUUCAUAAAUGUCACACAAGAGGAGGAAGAUCCCGAGGUCUACACAGAAUGGAACGUAUUUCGCAUCAUCGUUGAUCUCUAUUUGGCUGGCACCGACACAACAGCUAAUACUUUGAGAUGGUCCCUGGUUCAUAUGGUAAAUCAUCCGGACGCUCAGAAGAGGGUGCAACAGGAAAUUGAUCAGGUCAUAGGUCAAGGUCGUGUUGCCAAGAUGGAAGACAAGGCCAGGAUGCCAUUCACGGAAGCAACCGUACUGGAGGUCUUUCGUUUGUCCACCGUUGGUCAUUGCCAGGCGAGAGUUCCGCUAGGUGGGCCCCAUGCUACCAGUGAAACAACCAACUUGGCAGGAUACACCAUUCCCAAGGGAACGAUAAUAGUGGGAGAUCUGUACCGGGUUCUCCACGAUAAGAAUAACUUCGAAGAUCCUUACAAGUUCAAACCAGAAAGAUGGCUGGAUGGCGACGGUAAAGUGGUCAAGUCGGACAAAAUGAUAGCGUUUUCUAUGGGACCCCGUAUUUGCCUGGGCAAGGGACUGGCGGAAAUGGAAUCGUUCAUUUUCUUCACCACGUUGCUUCAGAAUUUUACCUUCAAGGUACCAGAAGGCGAGAAACCACCCGAUGGAGUGGAAGGCCUCAACACGUUCACUUUUACGCCAUACCCCUACAACGUGUGCGCUGUUAGACGCUAGAACGGAGAUACACUGUACCUUACUAUGAAUGUACCGGUUACUACUUGUACAUGGACAACAGUAUCUGUAUAAAUACAUCAGAUAAUCCGAGUCUGACACGUGACUGUCAGACUGACUGUAUCUAAACUAAAAUACUUCGUUUAGUCUCGAAAUGGUUUUCGUGCUUUUCCUCUUGGCAAUAACGUUUUUAAUGUAUCGCUAUAAAGAACGUCGUGCAGUUGUUUAAGUAUAUAUUGAUCAAUAGAAUCGUACUUUGAAAACCGUAGAUACGUGCACUGGGGCGGAUGAAGAUCCUUUUCUGCAAUGUGCCUGAAAGGAUUAUUCUUCUAAUGAGGCGGGGAAAGAUUGAUCGCUCCAAGAACUGUACACGUCACAAGUAAUAGUGCUCAUGCCAACUACAGAGGUAUACAGUGUACAGAGGUAUACAGUGUAUAUACGUAUGAGUAUCGUAUGUAAAACUGAUUAAACGCUUUUUUCAGCGUAUGAGAAUAAACGUAUAGCUAU